CAGCCUCAGAAUGCCGGCAAAUCCUUGGCUAGCCCAACGCAGACUAACAUCGGCCUACAGGCCCAUCCAUUCGCCUCGUCAUUCACAGGCCCUCCUCUCUCCCGACGGACCCGAGGACCCCGUCGCGAUUCUAGUCUGCCAUCCUCCGGCGAGCGAACCGGCGAAGACCAACGCGACGCAGUUCAUUUUUCAAAGAGAUUUGAAGUGGCGCCCGACAUUUCCCAUGUUAAAGACUUUGAUACUCGACGACUGGUGUUUGCAUGCUGACCUCAGUGCUGUGAUUCAUUUUAUCCAACACUCGCCAAAUCUUGAGAAGGUUACUCUUAGAUUUAUUGAGGAAUUUGAUUCUUCAAUGGUGACAGAAGGAGAUAACAAUUUGUUGGAAGGAACAUUUUCAUCUGACCAUCUUAAAAUGGUUGAAAUCAAAUCUUUAAAGGUUGAUGGAAGAAUUAACAAAAUUCUCAAGAUCCUGAGUGCUUGUGGCAUAUCACUGGAAAAAAUCAAUAUCCGACAAGCCAAUACAAGUUCCUGACCUGGAUGUUUCGGUUAUGCUUGUAAUGUUUUGAAAGGAAACAGAGCUGCGAAGAUUUAUUUUUCAAGAGAGGAAAUUGAGAAGAUUUGCACUGUUCAUGGAUUUAUGAUGAAUGCUGGCUGUCCUGUUUGGAAACCUCAAUGAGUGAACUCUCCUUCUUUCCAAACGCACGUUGCAAUGUUAGGAGCUUCCGUUGUUGUUGCUUGCCUGUGAUGGAUUCCUGAUGAAUGUUGACUGUCUAGAAACGCAUGUUGCUAUUUUGGGUCUUAUGAUGACUUGUGUCCAACUGCGUGAGCUGCCAAAGAGAACAACUCAUCUUCGUAGGGAUGAACGUUCUAACAAUGAUUGCUUGUCGGGGCCUGCUUGGCUGUGAUGGAUCAUGGAAUGCUUUGGAGCUUGCUUUCUUUAGCUGACUUUCAGCCAGUCAGCUUUAUGUCUGACAAAACCUAGUUUAAUUGAUUUUGUUGUGAAAUUUAAAAGAUUUUGAUA